AUGGAGUCCAUCCACCUUUCCGUGUUUUGGCCCGUCACUGGCAGCCUCCAGGCCAUCCUCCUCGCCCGGGUGUCCUACUUGGCGGUGACCAAUCGAAGCCACUUGCUGGGCUUGUGCAGAAGACUUGCUGGGUACCACAAGAUGAUGUUCAAGCUGCAGCCUGCAAACUCGGCGGAGAAGCUUGUGGCCGAUCAGGUGUGCCAGCAGCAUCUCCAGAUGGCGCACUUGUACUUGAGCCUGCUGUGUGGGCUCACUCUGCUAGCUCUCCUGGGAGUGCAGCUAGAGGUUCUGAGCAACGCAGUGGGAUGGAUGUCAGCAGCCAUGGUUUGGGGCGUUGUCGUGGUGUUUGCCAUGAGCUUGCUCCACGUGCUACGACCAGCCCUGCUGACGGCAUCCAGGCUGGAGGCAGUAUACUUGGCACUGAUGGUGCUAAGCGCAGUAGCCUUGUCACCUUGGUUCACACCGCGUGAUCAUCUGUUCAGGGUGUGGGUUUGUGUCCUUGGCUUGGUUCGUUUGCCUGCUGUUUGCAUGGCCCCCGAGCCUUUCACGGUGGCCUUGUGCUGCCUCGGGCCCUUUGCCGUCGUAGUGGGGCGUGCUGUGCUGGAGGGAGCGCCUCUGGCGACAAUUACAAUCUCAAUCUCUGCGGAACUCUGUGGCUUCUUCGUGACGCUGGUCUCGGCAGUUUCUUUGCAGGCCAGUCUUCGACACCGUACCGCAGAAAGCAUGCGGUACCAGCAGCUUUCCAGGGAGAUGAGCGCUGCAUCCUCGCUGCUUGGAUUGACCUGCGAUGCGGAUCUACGAUUGGUGGAGCACUCGCAUGAGCUUGCUGCCCUCGUACAGCAGAGCUCCACUGCCCAUGCCCGCUUCAUGGACUUUGUGCCCCUAGAGGAGUCGGUCCGGGUAAAGGAGCUUCUGCACCGUUUCGAUGGCUACCCGCCCGAAAGCAUCAACACCCAAACCUUUCUCACCCGGCUGAUGGACAUCCGUUCCAACUUCCGCGCCGAAGUCUUUCAAGUCACGUACCGCAAAAACCAUGGGCGCAAGAUCCGGCACCUGGUCGGCCUUCGGGAGUCAGGCCAGCGCUCACCGGGCUCACCGGUCGCGAGCGCCACUUUGGAUUCCGAGAACCGGCAGUCGUCUUACGCCAUGCUUUCGCCAGGCAUCUUCACCCCGAACAGCGAUUUGAUGGAGCCACCGCAGAAAGCCGAACCUGCCAUCGAGCACAAGCGGCUCUUGAGCCUCCAGAUUGACAUGCAGCGGGCGACCAUACAGGCUGCAUCCAAGCCAGGCUUUACCGGGAGGAAGCUGAUGGAAGUGUUUUCCGAAUCCGGGCUCGAGGUUUUGGAGCGAGCAUGGGCGGAAGCACGCUUAGGGGACAAAGCCGUGUCAUUUCGCUCGCUGGAGCUGCGCUUAAGUGCAUCCGUCCGUGAUUGGGUGGAUGGCAUCCUGGAAGUAGCAACGACGGACAUGGGCGAGCAGCACCUGGAAAUGCGCUGCCUGCUCCCUCCGAUGCUUGCAGGAAGCCUCGAGGCCCUUCCUUCCCUUCCUUCCCUUCCCCGAAGCAACUCGAGAAGCCUACAGGGCCUGCAAGUCCUUCCGCGCCUAUCGGAAGCACCGGCGCAGGAGGCACCCUCCCAGGAUGUGGAUGCUCCUGAGUUCGUCAAUGUGAACUUCUAA